UUAUCAACAGGUUUAGUGAGUUUCGAAGCAGUGAGGUCAUCACAUCAUAGUUUAGUAUAAAAAUCCCCAUGAUCAUCCAUUCAGCACACAUCAGACGGUGGAAACAAACACCAGCCUGAAGCAAGAGUGAAGACUAGAUCUCCAUCUACAACAGACAUAGCAUCUCUGAUAUACAAGCAGAGAGAGAUGAAGCGCGUUCUCUCAGUGAAGAUGUUUGCGGGGUUGGCUCUGGUUCUGCUGGUGUCCAGUGUGAGUGAGGGACGGAUUCUGAGUAAAUGUGAGCUGAAGGAGCAGCUCGUGGCGGCUCUGGGAGGAAAUCAGGGAGGAAAUCAGGGAGGAAAUCAGGGAGGAAGUGUGCCUGGAGGAAGUGUGCCUGGAGGAAACAUCACUCCUGGGUUUGGAGAUGUGACAGGAGCUGGGCCUGGAAGUGGGCCUGGAAAUGUGACUGCGCCUGGAAAUGUGGUUGCGCCUGGAAAUGUGACUGCACCUGGAAAUGUGUCUGGACCUGGAAAUGUGACUGCACCUGGAAAUGUGGUUGCGCCUGGAAAUGUGACUGCACCUGGAAAUGUGGUUGCGCCUGGAAAUGUGACUGCACCUGGAAAUGUGUCUGGACCUGGAAAUGUGACUGUGCCUGGAAAUAGGGCUGUAGAUUUGGUCCUCAUCGCCAAAAUCGUCUGCUCUGUGGAGCGUGUGUCAAAGUUCAACACCAAACUGGUCAGCCCGAUCCAAGGUGACGUCAGACCUCCAGCAGGACCCCCUCCCAAACCAGUACAACAACCCAAUGGAAGACCAGGGGGAAAACCUAGUCAGGGCCGUCCCGGUGGAAGAGGAAAGAGAUCCCCUGGUGGGGGACGUGACAGGAACCCACCUAGCUUGUCUGGCAGCAGUUCAGAGGAGGAUUCCAGAGAAAGCUCCGCUCGUGUCCCCACAACACUGUAUGGAAUCUUCCAGCUGAGCGAUCGCGUGGCGUGCAGUUCCGGACCUGGCCAGAGUCUGAACAUCUGCCGCAUAGACUGCAGAGCUCUGAUUGAUGAUGACAUCAGGGAUGACAUCGCCUGCCUGAAGACCCUGUUGGACAGCGGGAACAAUGCCAGUGCUCCAGCUCCUCGGCACAAGAAGAAGCCCUUGUUGUUCGUGAAGGAGUGCCUCAAUGUCAAUCCUUUGCAGCACUUUGCUGAGUGUGUCUAACACAUUCAGCGUUUCUUCAGACAUGAAUAUUCUGUCAAGCUUCAUCCUAAUGCAUUACUGAAAUAAACCCAACACUUGAUGUUUGCAUCCAUGACAGCAGUGCUUCAAAACCUCUUUGGUGUUUGUUAAUCUGCUGGAAAAUGUCUUUCAAAGAGUAACUACUGUUCACACUCACAUAAAUUAGUUAAAUUUAUCAGUUCUCAGACUUUUAUGUCUUUUAUUUCAAUCUUCAGUUGCACUUGUCAAAAUAUACCAGGAAAAUGUUCUCAAAAUAGCCACAAUUAUGUUGAUCAAUGCUUCUACAUGUAAUUAGCAUGCCUCAGAAUGCAAAUAAAGCAAUAUUCAUAAAAGA